GCGAAACGCGACCACGUUGCGAUAUAAAAGGAGUUUGGCUUAAAUUUCUUUAUCAAUCACACACCGGCCGCCUGCACUCACGCUCGGAUAUAUUUGCCCACGUGCAUCAUGUCUGCGAAUUUUUUGAUAGCGCUGAUCUGCGUCGCGGAGCUGACGAGCCUGGCGUUAGCGGGCGGGCACGGCGGGCACCACAAGAAGGUGAUCAUCCACGUGCCGGUUCUCGUCAAGCACCACCACCACAAACAUACCAUUGUCAAGCACGUGCACCACAAGCACGGCGGCGGCGGCGGCGACGAUCACUACGAGGUGCUGGGAUAUACCUAUGGAGAGCCCAAGCCGGCGCCGCACUUUGGCGGAGGGCACGGUUGGCACGUGGCAGAUGAGGGGCACGAGGGCCACGAGGAGUCUCCUGUGAGUUUCGAAGGCGGAGACCACGGCAGCUACGGGCUCAGCAGCGAAGGCCAGGAGUACGGCGCCCACGGGGAAUAUUAACCCAUCGAGUGCUUAACCUGUCGACUACUUAUUCGCAAGGUGCACGGCUGGUGCUGUCAUCUAGACUUUUCUGUUGAUACUUACUACUUGGGCGAACGUCUAUGCCAUUUUAGUUACAUUGCGCUCUAUUGAGGUUAUAUAGAAUUCAACACAUUUCAUCGUAUUUUCACGGAAAUUCACGAAAGUGUUACGUUAUUUCUACCAGGCUCAGUACUACAUAGGUUAAUACUUGACUGUUGGUGAGUGCCGUAGCCGAAUGGCAUUUCUGCAACGCGAAACGAAAACGAAACGCCGCGCAAGGUAUUCUGGCUCUGUCGCGCCAAUACGCACGAGAGAUAGAGAUAGAUAGGUAUCUACGAGCGUUUCGUUUCGUGAGCGUUUGUGCCAUUCGGCUACGUACCCUGAACCGAUAGGACAAAUUAAUUAUACGAAUGUUUCCAAGAGAAUAUAAUGAAAAAUUAUUGUGCUCUAAUUAGAUCUGUAAAUGAGCUGUGUGCGUAGCCGAAUGAACAAACGCUCACGAAACGCUCACGAUAAUAUCUCUUUCUUAGCUAUCUAUCUAAUUCGCUCUAGCGUAUUGGCGCGACAGAGCCAGACUACAUUUCUGCGGCGUUUCUCUGGCGUUUCCCGUCGCAGAAAUGCCAUUCGGCUACGGGGCCUGUUAAAUCUUAUGGAGUCAAGCAGAUAAAACAGCCGCCGCUAGGUGAUGUUUGACAUGCUCAUAAGAUGAUGUGUAUUUGUGAUAAUCAGCGUUGUCAGCACGUUGCCAAUUGAGGUAGAUCGACUCACAUUCCACCGAGGCAUUCCAUGAAUCUUCCUUAAUCGACGUACUCUUAAAUACCUCAAAAUGAAAACGUUUUUGUUUUCGAUUAGUUCUCAUUACAAUGGUUGUUAGUUUCGUUCGUAUGUCGUGAUACAACGGCCUGUUAGGUGAGAUGAACGGAAGGUACUUCGGAAUGUCUAAGCAUUAUAAAAGUACAAAUAAAAUACGUUUAAGGCGAACUGACUGGGCGAGUCACUGAUAUCAGAACGCCACCUACAGUCGGAGCUCCAAAAUCUGAAGAUCUUUUUAACCACUUACAAGUACUUAACAGUGUGUUCAAAAUAAUCAUUGUUAUGAAGUAUCCCCACGGUACUUUAAUGUUUGUUAUAUCGUUUUAAAAGUUGUUGUGAUUUAUUAAAUCCUGUUUUAAAUGGGAUAUCGUUAUUAAUAUUAUAUUUUAUGGUUAAGAUAAAUCCUGAUCGU